UAGCAGCACUGCGCUCGCAAGAAGAAAAUAUUUGCUCUGUUGUAGUUUGGGGUGUGUAACUAGCUAUCUAACGAGUUUUACAUUUUAUAUAAUAGCUAGCUAAUUCAUCACAACGUAUGGGGAUACAUAAUUGCGCCAACAAAGUUAGGUUUUUAAUGUUACGUGUACGUUGUAGUUGUGUGCUCUUUACUAUAUUCGUUGAGGCUAGACGUUAUGGUCUGCUGGCAGCGGUAAAGCUAGCUAGUUUAGGUAGCAUCAAUCCAACUUUCGUCAACUCCUCUCGUUUCGUGAUUCAGUUGUCCGUCAGUUGAUCAGAAAAUCACGAAAAUAAUAUCACAUAGUGGCCACAGUGUUUGAUAUUAGGUCGGUUUGUUCAACCUUUGAAAGUCGAAGUUACGUUGGCAACAUCAUAAACAAAUGCGUCGCCAUGUUGGCGGAAGUUGUGUUCCCUAGACAUUGAAGUGGCAUUUCUGGCGGCGUGAAAAUAGCUUUUUCUUGGCCCUAGGUAUGGAGGAGAACGAGGCACUGGAGAUCUACUGCAGGAGAAUGAUAACACAGGUCAACAAUCAACUAAACCCAGAAACUGCAGGGGAGAGGGGGUGGAGAGAGAGGCAGGAGGAGAGGGGGGAAGAGGGGGAGAGAACAGCUCGGAGAGUGGGGGGGAGGAAGGGGUUGCAGAGUGAGGUGUGGAGGAGGAUGAUCAUACAAAUACACAGAAAACAGAACACAGAAACUACAGCAGCGAGUGAGAGGCAGAAGGAAAAGACUGUGAGGAGACAGAGGGAGUGUGAGGACCUUGCAGGAGAGCCUGUCCCUUUACAGCUCAUUUCUGCCCUGAAGAUGAAGACUUUCACAGAGGAGAUGAGACGGGCCAUGGACACGGAGCUACAUGACCCAUCAGUGUGUGGAGUGUGUGUGCAGCAGCAGGCAGCUUUGUCCCUAAACACCUUCAUCAGGAGGAAGACUACUCAACUAGACACUAACAUACUGGAGGAUAAACUACACACACACCUCUAUAACAGGGACGCUGUGUGUCUGUUGGGAGAGUUGCUAAGGGGCCUCUCCAAGCCCUCUGACGCCCCCAGUGGGAUUUGGGAACAACUGCAGGCCAGAGGAAGACAGCAACUUGGGGUUACCUUGGAGACAGAACAGGAAUCUGGAUGUACUCAGACAAGAGAACGUCAAUCUGGGGUUACCCUGAUGACAGUACAAGAACUGAGCUAAGUGCACCCUCAUGCUGGCCAUGUGACUGAGCAUAGCAGAAAUGGCACCCUUUUCCCUAUGUAGUGAACUAGUUUUGCGUCGAGACAGCCCUACGUGGAAGUGGAUUGCAGCCUGUGAUUUUCACUGAGUGUCAUUGAUCAUGUGUAUUAUAAUGAGAUUCAUCCUAAAGUAUAAAAGAAAAUACAAUUCCAACUGCAGUACAAAAUACAUUUUAUUUUUGUAUUCUUGUAUUCAAGUUUCACAUACAACACUGUUAAAAGCAAAUGAGCAUCGUGGUUCUCAGUCCUUGACCGUCCAUUAUGCCUUCAGUAAACAUUAGAACAACUUCCUGGGUUAUACAGUCCAAUAUCACAAACAGUUACAACACAGUCAUUAUAGUUCAGCCAUGGAGAGUGUUCAUGCAAUGUAAACAUGUUAAAUACAGAGGAACAAGUAAAUGCAGUACGUUUCACAUUUAAUGCCAGAACCAAUCACAACAUGGGUACAGCUACAGUAUUGUGUAUUAUUGCAUAUAACAUGUUAAAUACAGAGUAACAAGUAAAUGCAGUACGUUUCACAUUUCUAAUGUUAGAGCCAAUAGCAACAUUAGCUGAAAAACGCUCAACUCCGUUCGCUUAUAUCGAGGCAGAGUUGAGUUUUGAUAACUGGUUGCAUGAUAUGCGAGCAACAACAUUGAGUCACCAUCAGUUGAUACUUGUUAAAAACGCCUACCUGUCCCUAUGUUUGUCUACAUCCGCGGUCCUUCCAUAGGGUGCCGAAAUUCAUACUUUGAAUAAAAACUUUUAGCGAAUACAGA